AUGGAGCAAUAUCUCCCGGGAGUACAAUGUCCGGUUGUAUUCAGCGGUGAAGAACGGGAGGUUGCUAUGACAGAAUCGCAGAAAUGGAAUGAGUCUGAACAGCUACUGUCGCGCGUCAGAGAGCACCUUCGUAUUGAUCAAAAAGGCGGGACCCUGCCAUAUAAUUACAAGUGGGCAGUAGAGGGCAAUCAGCAAAUUCGGAUGGAAAUGGUUCGGCAAGCCGACGUGGGCGAGCGGGAGAUCAGUUGGCGCAAUUGGCCAUGCAAAGACAAAGAGGAUGAGAGCACGUCUCCUCCCGGGGAUAACUAG